AUGGCACCAGAAGGCAAAAACAACACAACUGAAGUUAUAAUUUCCUGUCAACCAUAUGUUUCCUGCGAUUUACUGAGAUUAUUCCCUUACUUGAUAUGUGUUGUCAUCAUAUGUGGAAACCUCCUCAUACUCAUGUCUGUCAUUUAUUUCAAGCAGCUUCACACUCCUACUAACUAUCUCAUUCUCUCUCUGGCUGUGUCGGACUUACUUGUUGGUCUUUUUAUCAUUCCUCUCAGCAGACAAUUCACGCAGAAACAGGCACGCAGCAUCCAAAACAGAACCUAUCCCAGCAGGACGCCAGGAGCAACUGUCAGGAAGAUGGAGAGAAAGGCCACUAAAACUCUGGCUAUAGUUAUGAGCGCCUUCUUACUCUGUUGCAGUCCUUUCUUUAUAUUCAUUAUGAUAUCUUUUAUCAGCAAGGUGUCAGUGAGAUUUGAGGGAGCUGAAGUUCUUUCCUGGCUGCUGGUACAGGUCUGCUUUUAA